AUACCUAAUUAUUUAGUUCUGAUGUAUGGUAGCAAAUUAAAUGAGUUGUACUCAUACAUUUUUGUUCUAUUUUACUUUUAUUUAAGUGAUUAAUUUCUAGAUUAAGCUUCGACAUGGAAUUGUUUUAUUCAAUACUAGUCAUAUCGUUAACAUUAGCUUCAUCCCACAUAGUCAAAGAUCACCAGCAUCCAAGAUCCCACGUACUUCAUGAUGUAAAUGAAAAAUCAUUUACGCAAGGAAACGAUUUGCAUCAAUCUGUUAAUUUUAAUCCAUUAGAGUCUUAUGUGAAUAGUUGUGGAGAUGGUUCGAAAUGCAUACCUUUUGUAAGUUGUCCGGCACAUAUUUGGACCAAAGAUAAAGUAUUUUGUAAAACUUUAAUAUCCAAAACGGGGAUAUGCUGCAGCACAGGAAAAAAUCUUACUAAAUCAUUUACUUCUAAAGAUAGAGCUCAUCGACAUCAUCAAUUAAAAUUAGAUUCUGUAUCAAUUGGUGUUCUUAGUGAUAAUAGUAGAGCAGCUAUGGAGCAAAUAAGAGUACAAGAAUCAAAGUUACUAAUGUCUGGUCCAAAUAUGAUGUUAAAACCAGGUACUCCAAGUUACAGUCACUUCAGGAAUUCUAGAAGGUUCGGUACAAAUGAUUUAGCUGAAGUUGUGAAUAUCGGCGCUAAAGCUUUAGAAAUUGCAAUAGCUACAAAAACUUUCGUACGAAGUAUUUUUAGAGAGGGAAUUAGUAAUUUGGAACUAGAAUUAGGAAUGUUCGAACAAGAUUUAAGAUCAACUCCUUUAGGAUACGCUUGCUUACAAAAACCUAUAUGUCCGGCACGUGAUGAAAAAUACCGAAGAAUCGAUGGUUCGUGCAAUAAUCGUUAUAAUACGUUAUGGGGAGCAACUAGAACUUCUUUUUCUCGGUUAUUGGCACCAUCUUAUAGCGACGGAGUUUGGUCGCCUAGAAGAUCAGCACUUGCAGGUCAUAGUCUUCCAAGUCCGAGAUUAGUUACUACCGUUGUUUUUAACGAGAAAGAAGCUGUUAAUAGAGAAUUUACACUCUUGGUUAUGCAAUUUGGACAGUUUAUUUCUCAUGAUUUGUCGCAUGCUGUAGUUACUACAUACAGUAACGGUAGCGCUAUAUCUUGUUGUACGAAAGAUGGAAAAACAAGUCUUCCUAUUGAGAAUCGUCAUUACGCCUGUAUGCCCAUACGUGUACCUGAGAACGAUCAAUUUUAUAGCGAUUACAAUCAAGGAUGUAUGAAUUUCGUUCGAUCUGUUUUAGCACCACGAGACGAUUGUACUUUAGGCUAUUCACAACAGAUGAAUAAAGUUACUCAUUUUUUGGACGGUUCUGGUAUUUAUGGCUCGACUCCCGAACAAACGGGAGAGCUUCGAAGCUUUAUCGGCGGAAAAUUGAAAGUUUUUAAUGAUUUUGGAAGAGAUCUAUUACCACUUUCAAAAGAUCCAAACGCAUGUCUGACAAGAGAGGAAGGAAUGGCUUGUUUUGAAUCGGGUGAUACACGUACUAAUCAAAUGAUCACAUUAGUAGCCUUGCACACUAUUUUUAUGAGAGAACAUAAUAGAAUUGCCACUAUUUUAUCCCAACUGAAUCCCGAAUGGAACGAUGAAGAAAUAUUUUUAGAAACAAGACGCAUAGUUAUCGCCGAAUUACAAGUAAUCACUUACAAGGAAUUUUUGCCAGUCAUCUUGGGUUACGAAACAAUGGAGGAAUUUAAUUUGAAUUUAAAAGACGGUUAUGAAUAUUAUUAUGGUUACGAUCCUGAAAUUGAUCCUUCCAUUAUCAAUGAAUUUACUGCUGCCGCUUUUAGAUUUGGACAUUCUAUUGUUGAUGGAAGAUUGAAUAUAUACGGUUUGAAUAAACUAGAACAAAUUAUAUCAAUACCAGAAGUUAUGUUUUAUCCGUCUCAAAUGAGAAGAAAUAAAUUCAUAGAUAUGGUAUUAACCACAUUAACGACUGACCCUAUACAACAAGUAGACACGUCAUUUCCGGAUGCUCUAACAAACUAUAUGUUUAGAGUUGGGGAUCCGUUUGGUGUCGAUUUGGCAUCUAUCAACAUUCAACGAGGUAGAGACCAUGGAUUGAGACCUUAUAAUGAUUACAGGGAAUUAAGCGGCUUACCAAGAUAUAAAUCUUUUAGUGAAUUUGGAUCAGAGGGCGAAAAACUGAGUGCUGUCUACGCAAGUGUAGAUGAUGUGGAUUUAUGGGUCGGAGGAUUAUUGGAUGAAAAAAGCGAGGGUAGUUUGGUUGGUAGAGUGUUUCGGGAUAUAAUAGCCGAACAGUUUCUGAGAUUAAGGAAAGGUGAUCGCUAUUUCUUUGAAAAUAAUCCAGACGUUAAUCCUAGUAGCUUCACUGAAGAUCAAUUAUUCCAAUUAAGGAAAGCUUCUAUGGCUAGAAUCAUUUGUGAUAAUAGCGAUCAUAUAUUAUUGUCACGACAAGCUCCAAAUGCCUUUAGGACACCAGGAUUGGGAAAUGAGUUUGUCGAUUGUACCAGUGAUACAAUCCCACAAAUAGACUUCAGAUUUUGGACUCUAUAAAAAUUCUCCAUUUUAAAACACAGGAAGUGCCCAAAUUAGUUUUUUUAUAUUGUCACUACAUUGUUAAUUUUUAAAUCAUUUUAUUUGUUAUAUAUAAUAAAUUUUAUUAAUUAU